UAUCAAUCACACAAAUAUAGGAUUAUAUUCCAGAGUCCCAAUGCCUCUCCAUGUCUCUCAAGAUUCUUUUGCAAAUUAUGGAUGCCUCUCUCUACUUCUCUAUCACUGUUCUUCACAAAUCACCGUUCAAGGAGGGAUGAAGGCUCACAUGGAGAAAGCCUUCUAAAUCCAAAAGGCAUAGCAAGAGGAAUUGCAAUCUAUGAAGCAUUUCAACCUUCAAGAGCUACAGUCUAAGACGUUAUAUUAAUAUAAAUGAUUUUACAUUUGAUAAAUGGAGUGUAAACGUUUGAUUAGUCCUAUUUAGCGUUUUUAAUUUUUCAGGAUGGACUCAGAGAUUGAUACUGAACCAAGCACGUGAAGAAUAUUAACACAUACCAUGCCCACUAGAGAAAUUUUUUCAAGUCAUGCCAAUUAGAUUAGAUAUACAUAUUGUACAUUAGAGUAGCGUUGUUUUACAUUACAUACAUGUAUAUAAAUAUUCUUUCUUAUCAAGUUUUAGAAUUUUUUUUGUGUACUAUACCUUUCUACAACAAAAAAUG